UUGACACAUGUCAACGUCAUGUAAGAAUUAGAAAAUAAGCAAAUAAAAUAAUAAACAUAAAAUAAAAUAUUAUUCUUUUAAACUCCAUAACAAUACUAGUUCAAGAUUAUUUGAAAUAAACAGCCAAAGACACGAUUCAAUUAUUUAUUUUCUCUGCUCUACAGAACAAUGGCUCCAUCAGGUGUAAAUAUGAGAGAAUGGGAGGCAACAGCGAAAGCCUCUGCUACGGCAAAAAUUGUCAACAUGUUUAAUAGGCCUGGACAACUAGAGAAAAUCGAUCAAAUAAAACAGAGAUUUGUAAGAAAAAAAGGCUCAGUUGAAGCUUUACUUAAAUCAGCAAUGCAACAACAAUUGGAUGGUGUCAGAACUGGUAUUACUCAAUUACAUUUGUGCCUGGAUCAAUCUGUUGAAAUUAAUGCCAACGUGAAGAAAACAUUUAGCAUGUUUUCAAAUGUAACAAGACUUUAUGAAGCUUUAAAUGAAGUUAGAGAUGAAAACAUGAGACAUUCCCAAUAUGUGACUGCAAGGGAAAAUUUAAGACAUAUCUUCACUGUUCCAGAGAGUGUGGAAAAGACUAAACAAUGGAUUAAUGAAGGCAAGCUUUUGCAUACACAUCAGUGCCUAAGAGAUCUUGAAAAUUCCAGAGAUGAUCUGCUUUUUGAACUUCACAAAUUGCCAAACCAAUCUCCACAUGACAAGUCUUUGCUUAAAGCAUACUUUUCAGAAGUGGAAGUAUUAUCUAAUUUACUGGAAAAACAAUUGGUCUUUGUGUUGUCCAGAACUCUUAAUACAGUUAGGAAAAAUCCUGCUGAACUGGUGACAGUACUCCGGAUAAUUAAGAGGGAAGAAAGAGCAGAUGAAAUAGCACUAAAGCAAGAAAAACAAACUGGUUUCUUAGCCCCUGGAAGGCCUAAGAAAUGGAAACAAAUGGCAUUCAAUAUUCUGGAAAAGUCGGUUCAAUCAAGAAUUGAAGGAACUCAAGUAGAAGAAAGGGAGGAUAAUAAACAUUGGCUGAUAAGGUAUUUAGAACUCAUAAGACAACUUAUUUUAGAAGACUUAAGAGUUGUCAAAACUUUGUGCCAACCAUGCUUCCCUCCAGAGUACCAAAUUGUUAAUAAAUAUGUGCAAAUGUAUCACAGAUCUUUAUCUGUUCAUCUACAGGAGUUGAUACAAAAUGGUUUGCAAGGGACUGAGUAUGUAACAAUAUUGUGUAUGGUUUACAAAACAUACCAUUCAGAAGAUAUGAUGGGUCACCCAGAUUUGGUGGAACACACAAAGGAUUUGGGAAAUUUAUUACCACCUGCAUUACUCGAGAGGGUUAUCUCAAACUACUUGAAUGAUAUUGAGUCAAAUUACAUUGAAUGGAUGCAGAACACUUUAAAAUCUGAGAAAGAAGAAUGGAAGUCUGCUGUUGCGCCUGACACAAAUUCUUACACCAGAACUGCAGCUCCAAUAAUCAUUUUUCAGAUGAUAAAUCAGAAUCUUGACGUAGCCAACACCAUCAGUCAGGAAAUAGCUUUAAAAGUUUUAAUAUUAAGUGUGGAACAGGUUAUUAAAUUUAGAGAUUCCUUUAGAGAUGCAAUAAUAGAUUUUAAACACAGGUAUUUUGAAGAUAGGAAGCAAGUGCCUUUUUUUACUCAAUACAUGAUAAUAAUUAUAAAUCAGUGUUUGCAAUUUGUUGAUUUAGGAAACCACUUAGAGAAACAGUACUCUGGUUUGUUUGCAAGUCAUAUUAAUGAAAAUUUUAAUAGAUUAAGAGGCACUUUUUUGCAGCUAAGAAAUGAAGCUUGUAAUUUUCUUCUGGAAGAACUUUUUAUUGACUUGGAUCAGCACUUUGAAAAACUUUUUAAUUCUCAAUGGCUAGUAACCUCAGAGUUGCAAGUAAGUUCUGCUCUGGAGACAAUUUAUGCUACCCUUGAGGAUUAUUUCCAAGACUAUAAUCGAUUAGCUGAAGCUAACUACAACUUUAUUGUUGAUCAGGCCAGAAACACUGUGGCUAAAAGAUAUUUGACAGCCAUGUUGUCAAGAAAAGUAUCUUUCAAGACAUUUGAUGAUUGUAUAAAAGCUGCCAGCCAAAUGGCAAAGGAAACAGACAGAUUAAGAACAUUGUUCAGCAAUAUUUCUUCAAAAGAACAUGACAGCAAUGAUGAUGAAUUUGAAGUAAUUAUAAUGCUGUCAGAAGUUGUAAAAAGUGAUGAUGAUAUGAUUUCUUUUGAGCUUCAUAGAGUGGUUGAAAAGUAUCCAGAUAUAACUGAGGAUCAUCUUUUAAGGUUGCUUAAUUUAAGGGGAGACUUAUCAAAGUCUGAUAUAAAAGAUAAAGUAGCACAUGUAGACAGGCCAAAAGUUUCUCAUAGGAGUAGUGUUUUUAAAUCACUAGUGUUUCCUAAAAUGGUUAUCAAUUUAAAUUUUUAAUAAAAUUAAGUACAGUAGAAUAAUAAUUUAUAUGAAAUAUAAUAUAGAGCUAAACAAAAAUAUUUCUAGAGUAAAACAGCAUUUUAUUGGCCUUAAAUAUACAGAAUUUCUAAUGUUAAUA